AUGGCGGAUGCUUUCCUCGUCGACUCUUCUGAGCCUGUGGAGGAGAGCGCCGCCUCGUCCAGUUUCGUCGCCGGUGCUGAGUCCAUCGCGGCUGUCUCCAUCGUCGACGCGGGGCACAAGCGGGAGAUCCGAGUUUUCAGAACCACGGGCGGGAUCGCAGUAGCGGAAAGACCAAAAUUUUCCCAAGUCUCCAGCUCAAAAAAAGCCCUACGCAUAUUCCUCCGCCACCCCACUCUUCUUCUCUCCCUGCCGCCACAUGUAUCUUCUCUCCAGCCACCGCGCCCACGGGAUGUGCUCUCCGUCGCCGCACUGUUCCCCUCCAGAUACAGCCUCCGUUUCACCCAUCGCCUCCUCGAUUGUGAGGACCACCCCGUCGCUUCACGGCCUCGCGGCGACGGGAUCCACCCCACCCCUCUCUUCCUAGACCAUCGAUUCCGCCCCCUGCCGCUGGAUUCCCCGGUCUCCUUGCUGCCGGAUGCGGCCUUUCCCGGCGUCCCUGCCGCCGGAUCCGGCUGCACCCGACCCUGCUUGCUCUCCCGAGUAUCGGCUCCGAGGGCGAGGCCCACCAGACCACCGCCGUCUCCUCUAGGAAGGACCGAAAUGAUAACCGGUUGCCAGAUCUUGCGCCUCGACAACUUCGUCUUCGGCCAGUUCGGCGCCGGGAGCAACUGGGCCAAGGGACCCUACACCAAGGGCGCCGAGCUCAUUGACUGUGUCCUCGACGUCGUCCGCGUGGAGGCCAAGAACUGCGACUGCCUCGAUGACCUGAACGCGACAUGAUGCUUACCUGUGUUCUGGAGUGCGUCAACCCAGGCUACGACACUACGUUCACAGCAUUGAAUUAACUGCAGUGUGCUUUCUCCCGAGAACAAAGGGAUUUACCUCAACCUAGUACAUAAUGGGCAGCUGAUUCUUUUCCUCAUUAUACUAUGUGUGUUACAUUGUAAGGUUAAAAGUUCAGUCAUGAUUGCUGAGUUGGUGACCAUGGUCUAUGUUCAGUAAUGCUGGAAGUAGUCCUAAUAGUUAAGUACUGUCGUUCGUGUUAUUUGCAUGCCAUCUAAUGCAUUUAACUACUUUCUGAAAUUGCAAGAUGAGCAUACAGAUAAUUAGGUGGGUAGUAGUUUCUUGUCUGGCUUGUCAUAUCUACUGGCUAGUGUGUUGCAUGCAUGUGUAAGACAAUACUGUCAUAAUUACUACUGGUUUUGGUGGAUUGUUAAGCUAUAGGAGUUGAUGCAUUAGGUUGGAAUGCACUGUAUGUGGCUACUGAAUUCAUCUCCUAUGUAAUGGAUUAGGUUUUUUCUUGUAUUCUCGGUUGUAUUCAAUGGAGAUAUGUUAUACAUCAUCUUUUCCUCUAGUAGUAGUACUACUACUACUGGUUUACGUAUACUACCUGUAACAGUUUUCAUUACUAAGAUCUUCAUUACUAACAUCAAGCCAGUAGCCCAGGUCCUCAAGUACUUAUUUUGAUUACAUCAUGAGGUUCUCUAAAUUUUUCAGAUGCAUGAUGGCAUUACAGACCCCAAGAUUUCUUAUGGUACUUCUUGAACAGUUCCUUUCCGGCUAGCUCUUGGGACCGCAGGGCUGACUUUUGCACAAAUGAGUACCUGCAAUGCCCAGCGUCAACAAUGAUGCGGACCAGAUCUUCAACUGCAGCCCCAUCCAUCGCAUCUUCACGUAGUCAGGUUGUUAACCGCAUCAUCAAGAAGAGGAUUCGUGUCCGUGUGGAGCAUUGCAGCCAUCCAUGGCUAGGAGUUCCAGCUGACUCGACCCAGUUGCUGCUAUCUCCUUCAUCCAUGAGCUGAGCACAUCUACAGGAAUUCUGCAGUUAACGAAGUUAAGAAAUAUACAGAAUACUCAUGCAGAACUGUGGCUGUUUUGAAUAUGGUCCAAGUAUCACAAUUUUCUUUGCCUAAUUGUUUCCUGCUAAUGCUAACUUGUCUAGUGUAGCUGGGCUUGUCUUUCCGCAUAGUGUGCUUUCGGCAUAGUUUGCUUUCUGAAUGCCGCGGGAUGUGCUGCUUUGUGUGGGCUGUAGUUUUAUGUUUAUAUGCUUUGAUUGCUACCACUUCUCCUUCUGCAGGAUUAAGAGCAACACAUUAUUGUUUUGUUUUAUUCUUAGUAGAUAUUAACUAUAUUAAUACUAACAUGUGGCUUUCUCUCUUAUACAGGAGUUCUAUGGUAAAAAAAAUGAAAGAAUUUCGUUACUUCUAGAGGUGUUGGCCUAGUUUUGGGAACUAGUACUAUGUUGGACCAGUUGUGGGAGCUAGUGAUCGACCUGUGAGAUGUAUAUUCUGGGGAAUUGUGAAUAUGUUAUUUGAUA